AGAACAAGAAAAAGGGAGGAAAAGGUAAAAACUUCUAAGCCCAAAACAAUUACACCCAAUUCUUUUUUUAAAAGAAAAUUAUUAAUAAAUCUAAAAUGAUGUUCGGAGGAGGCAGUGGGCAUGGUGGAGGAAGCAGAGACAGUGAAAACUUUGGCUACGGCGGCAGCGGCGGCGGAUCAUUCAGCCACCACCAAAUGAUGCCUCCGCCGCUGCCACACCAUCAUCGUUCGACGGCGUCGAUCCCGUCCGCGGCUAGUGUCGGUACAGGCUUCGGCGGAGACGACGAGCUUCCGAGACGGGAUGAGCGGAUUCCGCAGUGGAGCAACCAGGAGACGAGGGAAUUCAUCGCGAUUAGGGCAGGGAUGGCCGGAGAUAUCUCCGCCGCCAAGCGCAGCAAUUCCAAGGCUCUCUGGGAAGUCGCGGCGGCGAAGAUGAAGGACCUAGGGUAUCGCCGGACCGCCGAGCAGUGCAAAUGCAAGUGGAAAAACCUAGUCAAUCGAUACAGGGGGAUGGAAACAUCUUAUCCAGAUGGUGGCAAGCAAUGCCCUUUCUUUGAGGAGCUCUACGCAGUCCUUAAAGCAAAUGACAAUACCAUCCAACAAUUUGAACCUGAAUCUGAGGUUGUUCGUCAACAGGUUGGAAAGAGGGGUCGGAGUGCAGACCGAUCCUCGGAGGAAUUCUCAGUAGAAGACGCGGAGAAGGAGUGCAAGAGCGAAGGAGGCGGAGAAGCCACGGGCCCAAAACCAAAAGCCCCGAAAGAAAAGAGGCCGAGGUUGACCACCACAGAGAAACGUUCGAAACACCGGGGCAACCAAAGCACUUUGGAGGGCAUUCAAGACAUAUUCAGCAAUUUCAUUCAGCACCAGAUGAGGAGUGAGAUGCAAUGGAGGGAGUCCAUGGAGAAGUGCGCUGUGGAAAGGGAGGCGUUCCAGCGGGAAUGGCGGGAAACGAUGAGGAAGCUCGAGGAGGAUCGGGUCGUGUUCGAGCAGGCGUGGAGGGAGAGAGAGGAGCGGCGCAAGAUGAAAGAGGAGAGCAGAGCUGAGAAGAGGGAUGCUCUCUUGACCAUUCUUCUCAACAAGCUCAUAAAUGAAUGAAGGUUUUUUCCUCUUCCCUUCCUCUUGCUCACAUUCUCUUUUUUUUUUGUAUCUUGUCAUGUCCUCUUUCUGUCUGGAUUUAGCUGUCCACUUUCUAAAAAAUCUCAUGUUUAGUAUUAAAGUAUAUAUAUAUAUAUAAACACAUCCCUGAUGGCCUUCAGUUAUAAGUUUGAGCUGGGAUGGUUCUUUGACCAGUCCAUAUGUAAAGCUCGGUCCAAGAGACCUCACCUCCAUCUGACAGAGCGUAUUUGAGUAUAUAAAAACAUUUCCGCUCCUUCACCCACACUUUUGAGCUUUUUUCUGGGUUUUUUUUUGACAUUAAUGAAUGGGUCUAAACGCU